CGCCCGCCCUGUAGCUCACUGUGGGCUCGGCACCAAAAUAGACGUUUCGGGCUGAGCAGCUGACUUCCAGCGGUAAUGGCUGCCACCGGAGUUCUUCCCUUCAUCAGGGGGGUGGACCUCAGUGGAAACGACUUCAAAGGCGGAUACUUCCCAGAGCACGUGAAGUGUAUGAGCAGCCUGCGAUGGCUGAAGCUGAACAGGACCGGACUGUGUUACCUCCCAGAGGAGCUGGCCUCUCUGCAGAAGCUGGAACAUCUCUCAGUGAGUCACAACAGCCUGACCACCUUACAUGGAGAACUCUCCAGUUUACCAAAUCUACGGGCGGUGGUAGCCAGAGCCAACAACCUGAAAAACUCUGGAGUCCCAGAUGACAUCUUUCAACUCGAUGAUCUCUCUGUGCUGGACCUGAGUUUCAAUCAGCUGACGGAGAUCCCCAGGGACUUGGAGAACAGCAGGAACAUGCUGGUGCUGAAUCUGAGCCACAACGGCAUCGACUCCAUCCCCAACCAGCUGUUCAUCAACCUGACAGACCUGCUGUACCUGGACCUGAGCGACAACAAGCUGGACAGUCUGCCGCCCCAGAUGAGACGUCUGGUGCAUCUGCAGACUCUCGUACUAAACAACAACCCACUGAUGCACGCCCAGCUGCGCCAGCUGCCGGCCAUGGUCGCGCUACAGACUCUCCACCUGAGGAACACGCAGAGGACCCAGAGCAACAUGCCCACCAGCCUGGAGGGACUGACACAAUUAGCAGAUGUCGAUCUGUCAUGUAACGACCUGAGUCGGGUGCCGGAGUGCCUGUAUACGCUGGGCAGUCUGAAGAGACUCAACCUGAGCAGUAAUCAGAUCUCUGAACUCUCCCUGUGCAUUGACCAGUGGACUCAGCUGGAAACGCUUAAUCUGAGCCGCAACCAGCUCACCUCACUGCCGUCCGCCAUCUGUAAACUAUCCAAACUGAAGAAGCUGUAUGUGAACUCCAACAAACUGGACUUUGACGGGGUUCCACCCGGCGUGGGCAAACUCUCCAGCCUCGUUGAGUUCAUGGCUGCAAAUAACAACCUGGAGCUCAUCCCCGAGGGUCUCUGCAGGUGUGGCAAGUUGAAGAAGCUGGUGCUGAAUAAAAAUCGCCUGGUGACACUGCCUGAGGCGAUCCACUUCUUGACUGACCUGGAGGUUCUUGACGUGCGUGAAAAUCCCAACCUGGUGAUGCCUCCUAAACCAGUGGACCGAGCAGCAGAGUGGUACAACAUUGACUUCUCCCUACAGAACCAGCUGCGACUGGCCGGGGCCUCGCCUGCUGUUGUGGCUGCUGCUGGAGGAGGAGCCAGCCCCAGAGAUCACCUGGCAAGGAAGAUGAGGCUCAGGAGGAGGAAGGACAGUUCUCAGGACGAUCAGGCGAAGCAGGUGCUGAAGGGCAUGAGUGACGUCGCACACGACAAGAAGAACUUAGAGGAGAACGGAGAGAUGAAAUAUGGAGAUUUAAAGAUCCGACGAUGGGACAAGAGUCUGGAGAAGCCUCAGCUCGACUACUCUGAGUUCUUUAUUGAGGACGUGGGGCAGAUUCCAGGUGUAGGAGUGUGGCAGAUAGAGAAUUUUGUUCCCAUCCUGGUGGAUGAAACUUUCCAUGGAAAGUUCUAUGAGGCGGACUGCUACAUUAUCCUCAAGACCUUCCUGGAUGAUAACGGAGCUCUGAACUGGGAGAUCUACUACUGGAUCGGUCAGGAAGCCACGCUGGACAAGAAGGCCGGCUCUGCCAUCCACGCUGUCAACCUCAGAAACUUCCUUGGGGCAGAGUGCAGGACGAUCAGGGAAGAGAUGGGAGAUGAGAGCGAGGAGUUCAGUGCAGUGUUUAACAACGAGAUCUCCUACAUCGAGGGAGGAACAUCCAGUGGAUUCUACACUGUGGAGGACUCUCACUACUCUGUCAGGUUGUACAGAGUUUACGGAAAGAAAAACAUUAGACUGGAGUCUGUGCCUGUGAAGAACGUUUCCCUCGACCCUCGCUUCGUCUUCCUGUUGGAAACAGGGUUGGAUAUCUUUGUCUGGAGAGGAGCCAACGCCACUCUCAGCGGCACCACGAAGGCCAGGUUAUUUGCAGAAAAGAUCAAUAAGAAUGAGCGCAAGGGGAAGUCAGAGAUCACAACCCUCAUGCAGAACCAGGAGCCUCCAGGUUUCUGGGAGGUUCUGGGAGGGCAACCGGAGGAGAUCAAGAAACACGUUCCAGACGACUUCUCUCCCGUCAAACCUAAACUAUACAAGGUGGGUUUGGGGCUGGGCUACCUGGAGCUGCCUCAGGUGAACUACAAGCUGUCAGUGGAGCACAAAGACAAAAAGAUCAAACUGGACACUCUGCCGGAGAUGAGGCUGGUUCAGUCCCUGCUUGACACAAAGUGCGUGUACAUCCUGGACUGCUGGUCUGACGUGUUCAUCUGGAUCGGGAGGAAGUCUCCCCGUCUUGUCCGAGCAGCCGCCCUGAAACUGGGUCAGGAGAUCUGCUCCAUGCUGCACCGGCCCAAACACGCCAUCGUCACCCGCAACCUGGAGGGCAACGAGUGUCAGGUGUUCAAGUCCAAGUUUAAGAACUGGGACGAUGUGCUGAAGGUGGACUACACCAGAGCAGCUGAGACUGUGCAACAGAAGGACCAGGACAACCUGCAGGGCAAGGUGAAGAAGGACGCGGAGAAGAAAGAUCAGAUGAAAGCUGACCUCACUGCUCUCUUCCUCCCCAGGCAGCCGGCCAUGCCCCUCACUGAGGCCGAGCCGCUGAUGGAGGAGUGGAACGAGGACCUGGAUGGGAUGGAAGGAUUCGUGCUGGAGGGAAAGAAGUUUGCUCGGCUGCCAGAAGAAGAGUUUGGGCAUUUCUUCACACAGGAUUGCUACGUCUUCCUCUGCAGAUACUGGGUCCCUGUGGAGUAUGAGGAUGAUGAGAAAGACCAGAAGGACGGCGAAGGUGCUGUUAGUGGUGUUAGUGGUGGAAGAAGAGGAGGAGGAGGAGGAGGAGAUGAUGAUGAGGACAAACAGGCGGAGGAGGACUUCCAGUGUGUGGUGUACUUCUGGCAGGGCCGACAGGCCUCCAACAUGGGCUGGCUCACCUUCACCUUCUCCCUGCAGAAGAAGUUUGAGAGUCUUUUCCCAGGAAAACUGAAGGUGGUGCGAAUGACGCAGCAGCAGGAGAACCUGAAGUUCCUGUCCCACUUCAAGAGAAAGUUCAUCAUUCACAAAGGGAAGAGGAAGCUGAAGACCGACUCGGCUCAGCCCUCCCUCUACCACAUCCGCACCAAUGGCAGCGCGCUUUGCACCAGGACCAUCCAGAUUGUAACUGACUCAUGCAACCUCAACUCCGAGUUCUGCUACAUACUCAAGGUUCCAUUUGAGAGCACAGACAACCAGGGCAUCGUUUACACGUGGGUGGGCCGAGCUGCCGACCCCGACGAGGCCAAACUGGCGGAGGACAUCAUGAACAGCAUGUUCGACGACACGUACAGUAAACAGGUGAUUAACGAGGGGGAGGAGCCGGAGAACUUCUUCUGGGUGGGGAUUGGUUCUCAGAAACAAUACGACGAAGAUGCAGAUUAUAUGAAAUACGCUCGGCUCUUCAGGUGCUCUAAUGAGAAGGGUUAUUUCUCUGUGUCGGAGAAAUGCUCCGACUUCUGCCAGGACGACUUGGCUGACGAUGACAUCAUGUUGCUGGACAACGGCAAUGAGGUGUACAUGUGGGUCGGUACUCAGACCAGCCAGGUGGAGAUCAAACUCAGUCUCAAAGCGUGUCAGGUUUACAUCCAGCACAUGCGCUCGAAGGACACCGAGCAGCCGAGGAAGCUGCGACUGGUGCGAAAGGGAAACGAGCCUCACUGCUUCAUCCGCUGCUUCCACGCCUGGGGAGCUUUCAAAACCCCCCCCGCUUAGUCACACACGCUCAGAAGCUGCUCUCACCUUCUUACUGAUUGAUUCGCUGCCAUGUAUUUUCUAUCAGGAUGAUGAUGAUGAUGAUGAUGAUGAUGAUGAUGGACUUUUGGCCAACAUGUUACUGUCAGACAAAGAUUUAUUUCAGUGAGCUGUUUUUUAGGCUGCCUUCUCCGUUUCUUGUCUUUGGGACAAAUAUCAGUUUUUCUACAAGCUUUUCUUGGCAGCACGUCUAAAUGCUGUUGUUGAACGAAAAAGAGAAAAUAUGUUUAGAGAUAAAACAGAUCUAAGGUGUAUAAAGGCUUUAUAAAAACCCAAAGGGAAGUGAAUCCCCCGACAUAUCGAUCUGUGCUGCUGCUUUCACGUGGCGUGCUCUGCGUGGUUGAUAGUUUUCAGGGGAGGAGGUUAAAGGUCGCUCCUCUGGGCCUCGUGCCGGUGGGUGCAUCUCAUUUGAAGCAGUUUAGAGAAGAUAAAAGUUUAAUUUACAGUUUUGUUUUUUCCCCACAUCUUUGAGGAACUCAACAGAAAACAGCACUAUAUUAGUUUUUUGGAGGAAUGUUAAAUAUAUAUAUAUUUUUUCUCGUCGUGUGGAAUAUACACGGUAUGUCUGCGUUAGCGGAUGUUUCAUGUUUGAAUGUGCAAUCUGAAAUAUCUGGGAAACUUGUCAAAAUGUUUAAUUUCUUUGCUUUUCUUGAGCUGAAGAGUUUGCUUCCAAAACUUGUGGUGAAAUCAUUUUUGAAAGAGUAAAUGCACAAUGUUUCAAAUCUUCCAGGUUUCAAAUUUGAUUCAGACUUUGAUGUUAAUGUGUUGCUUUUUUUUUUCUGCUGGUUUUGGAGUUUAACUUUGUUUUUAUCGCACACUUUAAUGGGAGAUCUCAUGCACCAUAUCAGUUCAUAUCUUAACAAGUGUCGUGACUUCUGCUUCCGCUGCUCUCAGAUCAGUAGGUGAUUAUUUCGGUUCACUGAUGUUCAGUAGCCACGGCGACACGUUGGGCUGCAAAAACUGCUGCGAUGCUUCUUGUGAUCAUGUGACCUGUGUAGUGAGCAGCCAUUGGUCCCAAGCAAGACAUGAAUUCUCUCUGUAAUCCCACAUGGCUGCAACUUUCUUCUUUUUGUCUGUUUAUACUAUAUUUUGUGGGGUGAACUGUUUGCCUGCGAGUAUGUUGAGUCCUACACACGUGUGUGUGUGUGUAUAUGAAUAUGUGCACAUGCUCCUGAUGCCACCUUAAGAUGCUUUAUUUAUGUAUUUUAUAUAAAAAUAAAUUCUCACGCUGCA